AUGGCAUCGUUCAAGUUCUUCGCUCUCUUCCUCGCCUUCGCCAUGGCCGCGGCGACGCUGCAGCCCUCGGGAGCGACGAGGGUCCAAGGAUUCAAGCCUGCGGCCGCAAACCAAGAAGCAGAAGGAAGAGCCGAGCCAUUGUCCAAUGGCGCCCCAGCAGGCGGAGACGCGCAGCAUCCAUCGACACCGCCCGGCUUACCGGGCGCUCCGCCGAUGCCCGGCCUCCUCGGCAUAAUCCUCCCGUUCUUGUUUCCGCCAAUUGCCGGUCUCCCCGGCUUUUUGCCACAAAUUCUCAGCCCCCCCAGCUUGUUUCCACCGAUUCCCGGUCUCCCCAGCCUGUUCCCGCCACUGCCGGGCUCUCCACCUCGGCAAGGCGGCGUACAGGGAGGCAGCUCGUCGCCUCCACCGCCACAGCUGACGGAGUGCAUGACGCCGCUGGUUGGCAUGAUGCCGUGCAUGGACUACCUCACCAACAUCACCGUGCUGACGCCCCCGGGCGAGUGCUGCGACGGCUUCAAGUCGAUCGUCAGCGACGCGCCCAUCUGCCUCUGCCACGGCAUGAACGGCGACAUGAACCAGUUCAUGCCCAAGCCCAUCGACCCCGUCCGCAUGGCCAUCCUCCCGCUCGCGUGCGGCACCAUGCUGCCAUUACAGACGCUCUUCAUGUGCAACUCACAAUCAGUGCCGCCGCUCAUGCCUCCUACCCCUGCAGAGCCGCCGGCGACGCCUGAUGCACCUCCGGCGGUGUCGCCGUAG